AUGGCUAAUGAUGAUAUUUCUACAAGUACAGUAUCAUUAGCAAACUGUCCAGUAUCACGUAAACAUCGAGUUCAAAGUCCUAGUCUAUCGACAGGAAAAAAUUUUACUGAUGAUUGCCGUAUAAAUAGAAUUUCAACUGGAACAAAUCAAUCAUCAUCAAAAUUACCAAAUCUUCUUUCAAAAACUAGUAUUCAUACAUCAACAUCUGAUUUAAUACAAUUAAAACGACAUCGUUCACAACAACAAAAAGAUUUUUUUAAUUCAUCAUCGUCUAAAUUUGAACGACAAUCAACAAAUCUUAAUUCUCAAACACGUCUACCAACAUUGUAUACAUUAACAAGUGACAAUGAUCAAAAACGAAUAUCUGAAUUUCGACGAAGACAAAUUUAUGCCUUGAAUCAUUUAAUGCGUGAAUUAGAACAAGAACAAUUUCGUCAGUUUUGUAAAUUACAUAGUAUUGGUACUAAUAAUCAUGAACAUACAAUCAAUAGUAAUGAAGAUACAAACAAAAAUUCAUUAACAUAA